UUGUGAGGCAUGGUCAAUACGCGAAUGGAGGCACGAUUGGAUGGGUUGGAGCACCUAGUACAAGAACAGGAACAUGAAAAUCAGAGAAGGUUCCACAGGUUGGAGGAAAUGAUUACAGGGCUGUCAGGGUUGCUGGAACGUGUCACAUCCUCUGCUAAACAAACAGCGGAUAGUGCUUCUGUUGUUCGGGACGGCAGUAAUGACGGCGGGACUGGCAAUGGACGUUCAGGACUCAUUGGGGAAAAGUGGAGGAAGCUAGAUAUUCCUGUUUUUGCAGGCGAAGAUGCUUAUGGCUGGACUAACCGGUUAGAGAGAUAUUUCCGGUUGAAAGAAGUAAAUGCGGAGGAAAAAAUGAGGGCUGUUAUGGUAGCUUUGGAAGGCAAAGCCCUAAAUUGGUUCCAAUGGUGGGAGACUUGCUAUCCGAAUCCCACAUGGGAGGUUUUCAAAGAUGCGGUUGUUCAACGAUUCCAACCAACAAUGCUUCAAAAUCCUUUUGAAGUCNUGCUCGGGAUUAGGCAAAUUGGGCGGGUGGGAGAGUAUAUUGAACAAUUUGAGCAAUAUGCGGGGUUCUUGAAAGGUAUACCGCAGGAUUAUUUGACUGGUAUUUUUCUNAAUGGCUUGCAGGACGAAAUAAGGGCGGAGGUUAAGUUGUAUGAACCUAAGAGCCUUGCUGAAUUAAUGAUGAAGGCUCUAAUGGUGGAGGAAAAAGUUCAGAUCACUUCCAAGGGAGGAUCUUUGAUGGUGCAGCGAUCUAAUACUACUUUCAGACCCCUACCACAGACUAGGAGUCAUUCUUUGGAGGUCGGACGUGCGUCUGCGUUUUCCAAUUCUUCCCGGGAAGCAGGUGAAUGUAGUGGCUCUAUGCGUACUAUUAACAGUCCUGCAUCUGGACUUCAACAAAAGAGAGCACCCUUCAAGAAGUUAUCUCCCGAGGAGUUGCAAGAUAGGAUAACAAAAAGGCUUGUGUUUUAGGUGUGAUGAGAAAUUUGGUCCCAAUCAUACCUGU